ACUGUCGGUCAUCACUGCAACCGUGAGGGAGGGGGCGCUCGAGCCACGUCGUUGAAUCAAAUAACCGCUUCAAGCGCAGCGCCAAUGUUUACGAAAGAGCAAGGGUGAGAACAUUAAUUACGACAGUCGCAACGUCUCUAAUAGAACCAAAUUCAGGACAACGGGACACCGGCGAGCCUUUAAUUUAUCCCGGUGGUCCCUACUAUCAUCCAAUAGCAGGAGGGUCUUCCCCCUCCACCCAACCCAUCCAUUCUGGAUGUCCACUCCAGACCCUCCCAUAGGGGGUACCCCUCGACAGGGUCCUUCCCCAGGCCCGGGGCCCUCUCCUGGGGCAAUGCUUGGCCCCAGCCCUGGUCCUUCUCCAGGGGGGUCCUCUCACAGCAUGAUGGGGCCCAGCCCAGGGCCUCCAUCCUUGCCUCAGCCUGGGCCCUCUGGAUACUCCGAGGAGAACAUGCACCCUCUACACAAACCACUGGAAGGUAUGGAGAGAACUACCAUGGAGAGAACUGCAAUGGAGAGAACUGCAAUGGAGAGGACUGGAAUAGAGAGGACUACUAUGGAGAGGACUGGUAUGGAGAGGACUGGUAUGGAGAGGACAGGUAUGGAGAGGUCUGGUAUGGAGAGGACUGGUAUGGAGAGGACUGGUAUGGAGAGGACUGGUAUGGAGAGGACAGGUAUGGAGAGGACUGGUAUGGAGAGGACUGGUAUGGAGAGGACUGGUAUGGAGAGGACUGCCAUGGAGAGGACUGCCAUGGAGAGGACUGCCAUGGAGAGGACUGCCAUGGAGAGGACUGCCAUGGAGAGGACUGCCAUGGAGAGAACUAGUAUGGAGAGGACUGCCAUGGAGAGGACUGCCAUGGAGAGGACAGUUAUGGAGAGGACUGCUAUGGAGAGAACUGGUAUGCAUGAGAAGGGCAUGAGUGAGGAGUCCCGCUUUGCCCAGAUGAAGGGCAUGCCCAUGAGACAGGGAGGACACAGUGGCAUGGGCCCUCCUCCAAGCCCCAUGGACCAACACUCUCAAGGCUACCACUCCCCACUCGGCGGCUCUGACCACUCCAGCCCCGUCCCUUCCAAUGGGCCCCCCUCUGGCCCUCUCCAACCCUCUAGCGCUGGCCCAAACCCCUCAGACACCUCCUCCAACCCGGACUCCCAAACCCUGGGGGGCCAGAACCAGCAGCAGAACCGGCCCGGUGGGCCCCAGCAAAGUGGCUCCGGCCCUGGCCCUCAUGGCCCCAGUCCUGGCCCCACCACCCCUGGUGGCCCCGGUGGAGGCCCUACUCCUUUCAACCAGAACCAGCUUCACCAGCUGCGGGCCCAGAUCAUGGCCUAUAAGAUGCUGGCCAGGGGGCAGCCACUACCGGACCACCUCCAGAUGGCUGUCCAGGGGAAGAGGCCCAUGGGGUGCAGCCCAGGGAUGCAGGGGCCGGGGCCAGGGCAGGGGGGACUGGGGCAGCCCAUGCCCAGCCUGGCUCCUGGAGGUCCUGGAGGUGUGGGGCCAGGACAAGGACCAGGAGGACCCAUGGGCCAGGGCUACAGCAGAGCUCACGGGAUGAUGGGACCCAACAUGCCUCCUCCAGGCCCCUCUGGUCCAACAGGCAUGCAGGGACAGAACCCCAACGGACCCCCCAAGUCCUGGUCUGAAGGUCCGAUGGUAAACGCCGCCGCCCCCUCUAACGCCCCCCAGAAGUUGAUCCCUCCCCAGCCAACGGGCCGUCCCUCCCCUGCUCCACCCUCCAUACCCCCCGCGGCCUCCCCGGUCAUGCCUCCCCAGACCCAGUCCCCUGGGCAGCCAGUCCAGCCCCCACCCAUGGUGCCCCACCAUGCCAAGCAGAACCGCAUUACCCCCAUCCAGAAACCCCACGGACUCGACCCGGUGGAAAUACUGCAGGAGAGGGAGUACAGACUGCAGGCUCGUAUCACCCAUCGGAUAGCUGAGUUGGAGAACCUCCCUGGCUCUCUGGCUGGAGACCUGAGGACCAAGGCCACCAUCGAACUCAAGGCCCUCCAGCUGCUCAACUUCCAGAGACAGCUGCGUCAGGAGGUAGUGGUGUGUAUGCGUAGGGACACAGCUCUGGAGACAGCUCUGGACGCUAAGGCCUACAAGAGGAGCAAGCGCCAGUCCCUACGGGAGGCCCGCAUCACAGAGAAACUGGAGAAACAGCAGAAGAUCGAACAGGAGCGCAAACGUCGACAGAAACACCAGGAGUAUCUGAGCAUUAUCCUGGCCCACGCCAAAGACUUUAAGGAGUACCACCGCUCCAUCACAGCUAAGAUCCAGAAAGCCACCAAGGCCGUGGCCACAUACCACGCCAACACAGAGCGCGAGCAGAAGAAGGAGAACGAGCGUAUCGAGAAGGAGAGGAUGAGGAGGCUGAUGGCUGAGGAUGAGGAGGGCUACCGUAAGCUGAUUGACCAGAAGAAAGACAAGCGUCUGGCCUACCUGCUGCAGCAGACGGAUGAGUACGUAGCCAACCUCACUGAGUUGGUCCGGGCUCACAAGCUGGUACAGGCCCUCAAAGAGAAGAAGAAGAAGAGGAAGAAGAAGAAGCUGGAGAACGCUGAGGGUCAGACUCCUGUACUGGGACCUGAUGGAGAACCUCUAGAUGAGACGUCCCAGAUGAGUGACCUACCAGUGAAGGUGAUCCACGUGGACAGUGGUAACAUCCUGACAGGGGCGGACGCUCCUAAAGCUGGACAGCUGGACACAUGGCUGGAGAUGAACCCUGGGUACGAGGUGGCCCCUCGCUCUGACAGUGAAGACAGUGGAUCGGAAGAGGAGGAGGAGGAAGAGGAGGAGCCCCAGCCAGCAGUGCCUCCAGUAGUGGUCCUCCCAGGGUUAGUAGGGUUAGAGGAGAAGAAGAAGAAGAUCCCAGACCCAGACAGUGAAGAAGUAUCAGAGGUGGACGUACGACACAUCAUAGAGCAUGCUAAACAGGAUGUGGAUGAUGAGUAUAACAGUGCAGAGGCAGCGUUCGCUCGGGGACUCCAGUCUUACUACGCUGUGGCCCAUGCUGUCACUGAGAGAGUGGAGAAACAGUCCACUAUACUCAUCAACGGACAACUGAAACAGUACCAGAUUAAAGGUCUGGAGUGGCUGGUGUCUCUCUACAACAACAAUCUGAAUGGUAUCCUGGCUGAUGAGAUGGGACUAGGAAAGACCAUCCAGACCAUCGCUCUCAUCACGUACCUGAUGGAGAACAAACGAGUCAACGGACCUUUCCUCAUCAUAGUACCGCUCUCAACUCUCUCUAACUGGGUGUAUGAGUUUGACAAGUGGGCUCCGUCUGUAGUGAAAGUCUCCUACAAGGGUUCCCCUCAGGCCAGAAGGGCCUUCAUCCCCCAGCUACGCAGCGGCAAGUUCAACGUUCUCCUCACUACCUAUGAGUACAUCAUCAAGGAUAAACAGGUCCUAGCCAAGAUCCGGUGGAAGUACAUGAUCGUGGACGAGGGCCACCGGAUGAAGAACCACCACUGUAAGCUGACCCAGGUCCUCAACACCCACUACCUGGCCCCCAGGAGAGUGCUCCUAACUGGGACACCGCUCCAGAACAAGCUGCCUGAGCUCUGGGCCCUGCUCAACUUUCUCCUGCCCACCAUCUUUAAGAGCUGCAGUACUUUCGAACAGUGGUUCAAUGCACCGUUUGCUAUGACUGGAGAGAAGGUGGAUCUAAAUGAAGAGGAGACCAUCCUGAUUAUCCGUCGCCUCCACAAGGUGCUCCGCCCCUUCCUGUUACGCAGGCUCAAGAAGGAAGUAGAGGCUCAGCUCCCGGAAAAGGUGGAGUAUGUAAUAAAGUGUGAUAUGUCAGCGCUCCAGAGGGUUCUAUACAGACAUAUGCAGGCCAAGGGAGUCCUACUGACAGACGGCUCUGAGAAGGACAAGAAGGGUAAAGGAGGUACCAAGACUCUGAUGAACACCAUCAUGCAGUUGAGGAAGAUUUGUAACCAUCCCUACAUGUUCCAACAGAUAGAGGAAUCUUUCUCUGAGCAUUUAGGAUUUUCCGGAGGGAUAGUGAGUGGUCUUGACCUGUACCGAGCCUCAGGGAAGUUUGAGGUGCUGGACCGUAUCCUGCCCAAGCUGAGGGCCACCAACCACAAGGUGUUGUUGUUCUGUCAGAUGACCUCGCUCAUGACCAUCAUGGAGGACUACUUCGCCUACCGCAACUUCAAGCACCUGCGUCUGGACGGCACCACCAAAGCAGAGGACAGGGGCAUGCUGUUGAAGGCGUUUAACGACCCGGCCUCCCAGUACUUCAUCUUCCUGCUCAGUACCAGAGCCGGCGGGCUGGGCCUCAACCUGCAGUCAGCUGACACCGUGGUCAUCUUUGACUCUGACUGGAACCCUCACCAGGACCUGCAGGCCCAGGACCGUGCGCACCGCAUCGGCCAACAGAACGAGGUCCGCGUCCUGCGUCUCUGCACCGUCAACUCCGUAGAGGAGAAGAUCCUGGCGGCGGCCAAGUACAAACUCAACGUGGACCAGAAGGUCAUCCAGGCCGGCAUGUUUGACCAGAAGUCAUCGAGCCACGAGCGCCGGGCUUUCCUGCAGGCCAUCCUGGAGCACGAGGAACAGGACGAGGUCGGGGCCCCGGGGGGCGUGUGGAAGUCUGGGGGGUCUUGGGAGGAGGACGAGGUGCCAGACGAUGAGACGGUCAACCAGAUGAUCGCCAGGAGCGAGGAGGAGUUUGACCACUUCAUGCGUAUGGACCUGGACAGGCGGCGUGAGGACGCUCGGAACCCCCGGCGUAAGCCCCGUCUGAUGGAGGAGGACGAGCUGCCCACCUGGAUCGUGAAGGAUGACGCCGAGGUGGAGAGACUCACCUGUGAGGAAGAAGAGGAGAAGAUGUUCGGGAGGGGGUCCCGCCAGCGCAAGGAGGUGGACUACAGUGACUCACUCACCGAGAAGCAGUGGCUCAAGGCCAUUGAGGAAGGCACGUUAGAGGAGAUCGAGGAGGAGGUGCGUCACAAGAAGACCACCCGGAAGCGAAAGCGUGACCGCGAUGACCUCCCUGGCCCCUCCUCUUCCUCCUCGGGGGGCAGGCGGAGCCGGGACAAGGACGAGGACGGGAAGAGACAGAAGAAGAGGGGACGCCCCCCCGCAGAGAAACUCUCCCCCAACCCGCCAGCUCUCACCAAGAAGAUGAAGAAGAUAGUGGACGCUGUUAUUAAAUACAAAGACAGUAAUGGUCGUCAGCUGAGUGAGGUCUUCAUCCAGCUGCCCUCGCGCAAAGAGCUGCCAGAGUACUACGAGCUCAUCCGCAAGCCUGUCGACUUCAGGAAAAUCAAGGAGAGGAUCCGUAGCCACAGAUACCGUAGUCUAGGAGACCUGGAGAGAGAUGUGAUGCUACUCUUUCAGAACGCACAGACCUUCAACCUGGAGGGAUCACUGAUCUACGAGGACUCCAUCGUGCUCCAGUCGGUGUUCACCAGUCUGAGACAGAAGAUCGAGAAGGAGGAGGACAGCGAGGGAGAGGACAGUGAGGAAGAGGAGGAGGACCUGGACGAAGGCUCCGAGUCAGAGUCCCGCUCAGUGAAGGUGAAGAUCCGUCUGGGACGGAGAGAGAAGAGUAGUGACCGGGGGAAGGGUAGGAGACGUAUGGGACGCACCCGAGCCAAACCUGUAGUCAGCGACGACGACACUGAAGAGGAGCAGGAGGAGGAACGCUCCCCCAGUGGCACUGAUGAAGAAUCCUAAAUGGAAACUAGCUACUUCAAGGUCCAACUCUACUUCCAUUAUUACCAGGUUUUGUUCAGCUCCAUUUCAUAUCUACUUGGGAAUGGGGAAUUUCACUUAAUAUUGACGUCAACUCCCUCCCUGUUAUGUACAUUAGCACAGCUUUCAUAACAAUAACUACUGGACAUGAAGCACUGCUUAGGUGUGGAAAACAGACUAAUUCUGCCUCAUCCUGUUAGUCGAUGUAAACAACCUUGCUAAUGUAAUAUGUGUGAAUUACUAAAAGUGUUAUUUAUUAUGUCUGGUGUCUUUUGGGGGGUAAGUUGAGGCCAUAUACAGUGCUUUCAGUAAGUAUUCAUACUGCUUGACUUAUUCCACAUUUUGCUGUGUUACAGCCUGAAUUCAAAAUAUAUUUUUUUGACACCCAUCUACACACAAUACCCC